GUGAGUGCUGUGUCAGUGUCAUGAUGAGCCAUUUUUACAUUUUAAAAGAUUAAACAUUGACGUUAAACAACCAACAAAACUGUUUAGUUAGCCACAUUAUAGCAAGCUGACUGGCUAGCAACAUGGUAACACUAGCAAAAAUGCGGCCACAAAUACAACAGACUAACAACAAUACAGCCAUUAUAGGAAGGUGUAUUUCUCCCACGCUGGACGUCCGAUGGUCUAAAGACUUUACAAAAGAGAUAAACAUGGACACCAUGAAAAUGAUUCCACCAAGACAAGACAGCAGGCCUAAUGCACACAGUGGCCGUGGCAGGCCCUGUGCCAGCGUUUGUCAGUGAGUUCAUGGGCCCUGAGCGUCCCCUCCUACCCCCAGCUGCUGCUCUACCCAGUGGGCUGACUGGGGACCCGGGGCCACAGCCACACAGAGUGAAGCCUAGGAGAGCAACCCACAGUGCAGGGGCCAUCUACUCCCACAGUACCUCACCCCUCACCCUGCCAACUGGACCAGGUGAUGCCAUAACAUUGAGUGAGAAUUCUCUCUCUGGUUUUCCAAUUGCCUUUCGUUCCUGUGAUGAUUGUGCUUUGAGUCUUGAGGGAAUAGAUUAGGACAGGUAGGCUAAAACACUCAUGGCUUUGUUUGUUCAGUGGUCUUUGUUGAGUUUCUCAGUACACUGUCAUGCAAUAGAAUGCUACUUUUGCAAUUGCUUUGAUUAACCAGUAGGGUGCAGCAAAGUCCCUCAUAAAGAUGAUCCUGCCCUCUGACAAGUGCAUGUCAACAUUGCAGGCAUAAAAGAAACACCUGAAACUAGAUCCUCUACAUACUGGUCUUGAUGAGAAGAAGAAAAACUGUCGGGGGAAGUUCUCUUCUGCACUAUUCAAGCAAUCCAGUAAAUUUGGAGGAGGAGUUAAGAUGGCGUUGUCUGGAGGAGUGUCCCCUGCUGGAGGGCAUGGGUAGGCUGCGGCUGCUUAACUUUCAGCACAACCUCAUCACGCACAUCCACAAUCUGUCUCAUCUGCGGCACCUGGCCUUCCUAGACCUGUAUGACAACCACAUCUCCCAGAUGUCUGGCAUCUCUCAGAGUGCUUAUGCUGGAAUCCAGAGGAUAUGCAGUCUGGAUAACCUGACUAAACUAGAUAUUCUGGACUUGCAUGGCAAUCAGAUCUCCCAGAUAGGGAACCUCUCCCACCUGUCUGAGCUGCGCGUGUUGAACUUGGCAGGGAACUGCAUCUCCAGGGUGGACAACCUGCAGGGCCUGGACUCACUGACCGAGAUCAACCUGAGACGCAACUGCAUCUCCACUGUGGUGAGGGAGAGGAGAGAGGUAGACCAGCUGCCCUGCCUCCAGCGCCUCUUUCUCAGCUGCAACAGCAUCACCAGUUUUGAUGAGCUAGCCUGCCUGGGAGAGUCGUGCUCCCUUUCUGAGCUCACCCUGGAUGGGAACCCAGUAGCCCUGGAGACAUGGUACAUGCAGGCCGCCCUGCGCUGUGUGCUUCAACUCAGACAGCUGGACAUGAAACGUGUCACGGAGGAGGAGAGACGUAUGGCCUGCGUCACGGCCCGGAAGGAGGAUGAGAAGAAGAGGGAGAGUCACAAGCAGGCCAUGCACAAGAGUCCUGCACAUGUUGCGCCUCAGCAGUUCUACACUCAACUUGGACUCAAGUCUCAGGACUCCUCAGUGACAAGCAAGGAGAAGCGGCGUCUGGCCAUCCGUAAUGCAGCACUGCAGUGGGAGGGGGUCAGGGCCUGCCUGGAGCACCCGGCUCAGAACGGAGCCAAGGAGGAAGUCAGCCCUGAAGCAAGCCCCGCCCACAGUCCCGCCCAGACCAAUGGCCUUGCACUGGAACCUUCUCCGGAUGAGCAGCUCAGACGGGUGAGUCCGGUGUCGGCUCUGGACAGGCCAACAGGGGGCAGUGAGACCCGGAUACGCUCCACCAGUCGCCCCAACAGUCCUCGUGACCCCAAGCUUCUUGAGGCAGGGGGUGCCAGCCUGCAGAGCCUCUCCCUGUCAGACAGCCACCUGGCGGAGCUGGAUGGGGAAACCCUGCGCCUGUUCGGCCUCGGGGCCCUGGAGGCCCUGGAGAGAGGCUGGGGGGUCCAGACUGCAGGAGCCGUCACUGUCAUAGCCUUCCGCUACAUCCACUUUGAUGCGAUCGUGCCAACACUGCCACGCAUAAGGGUCAAGUUCCCCAACCUAUCUCACCUGAUUUUCCUGGAGACCAACGUCUGCCGUCUUCCCCAGCUGGCUGCUCUGGCCCAGGUGAGACGUCUGGACCAGCUGACCAUCCACCCAGAGGGGAACCCUGUAGUCAGCCUUUCCCUGUGGAGAUCCUUCCUCAUCUACCGCCUGCACCACUUCAACCUGCACAAGAUCAACAACCUGGAGGUGACCAUGAAUGAAGUGAUCUCUGCAGAGCGUCUGUUUGGGACGCUGGGUCAUAUCGCUGCCACCGAGACACCACGCUGCCGCCUGCUAGUACUGCUGGAGGAGUCCAGGAAGCGUCAGCUGCAGUUUCUGUUAGAGGGGCGUGGGCGCCGUGCAGGCUUGAGCCCAGAGGAGCUGCGUGACAACGGCAAGCUGCUGGGAGAGGGCCUGAGCAGAGCCCUGUUCAACUACCCCAGUAGAGACUGCUGCAGUGUGGGAGCGGAGAGCCCAGAGGAGGGUGCUAUGGAGUCGUCAUCGGAGCGCCACGCCGUGAUGGAACAGUACAUACAGGCUCAGGUCCAGAGGGCAUCUGACACCAACCUGAAGGGGGAGUCCCUCCACAAACUGUGGCCCUCCAUGUUCAUGGAGAUGGUGAGAGACUAUGUGCUGGAGAUGAGGGACCGACCAACCUUCCGUCAGGCCUGCCUCAACAGGCUCUCCACACAGGGAAAGUGAGAGGGUGAGGGGUAUAGACCUGGUAAACCUCCAUAAGACCUACAGUACAGCAAACUGGACACAUACGGGAAACAGGUACAGCGUACUGGACACAUACUAGAAACAGGUACAGCAUACUGGACACAUACUAGAAACAGCUACAUCAUACUGGACACAUACUAGAAACAGCUACAGCAUACUGGACACAUACUAGAAACAGCUACAGCAUACUGGACACAUACUAGAAACAGCUACAGCAUACUGGACACAUACUAGAAACAGCUACAGCAUACUGGACACAUAGUAUAAACAGGUACAGCAUACUGGACACAUACUGGAAACAGGUGCAGCAUACUGGACACACUGGAAACAGCUACAUCAUACUGGACACAUACUAGAAACAGCUACAGCAUACUGGACACAUACUGGAAACAGCUACAGCAUACUGGACACAUACUAGAAACAGCUACAGCAUACUGGACACAUACUGGAAACAGCUACAGCAUACUGGACACAUAGUAUAAACAGGUACAGCAUACUGGACACAUACUAGAAACAGGUACAGCAUACUGGACACAUACUGGAAACAGGUACAGCAUACUGGACACACUGGAAACAGGUACAGCAUACUGGACACAUACUAGAAACAGGUACAGCACACUGGAAACAGGUACAGCAUACUGGACACAUAGUAUAAACAGGUACAGCAUACUGGACACAUACUAGAAACAGCUACAGCAUACUGGACACAUACUGGAAACAGCUACAGCAUACUGGACACAUACUAGAAACAGCUACAGCAUACUGGACACAUACUGGAAACAGCUACAGCAUACUGGACACAUAGUAUAAACAGGUACAGCAUACUGGACACAUACUAGAAACAGGUACAGCAUACUGGACACAUACUGGAAACAGGUACAGCAUACUGGACACACUGGAAACAGGUACAGCAUACUGGACACAUACUAGAAACAGGUACAGCACACUGGAAACAGGUACAGCAUACUGGACACAUAGUAUAAACAAGUACAGCAUACUGGACACAUACUAGAAACAGGUACAGCAUAAUGGGAACAGGUACAGCAUACUGGACACAUACUGGAAACAGGUGCAGCAUACUGGACACACUGGAAACAGCUACAUCAUACUGGACACAUACUAGAAACAGCUACAGCAUACUGGACACAUACUGGAAACAGCUACAGCAUACUGGACACAUUCUAGAAACAGCUACAGCAUACUGGACACAUACUGGAAACAGCUACAGCAUACUGGACACAUAGUAUAAACAGGUACAGCAUACUGGACACAUACUGGAAACAGGUACAGCAUACUGGACACAUACUGGAAACAGGUACAGCAUACUGGACACACUGGAAACAGGUACAGCAUACUGGACACAUACUAGAAACAGGUACAGCACACUGGAAACAGGUACAGCAUACUGGACACAUAGUAUAAACAGGUACAGCAUACUGGACACAUACUGGAAACAGCUACAGCAUACUGGACACAUACUAGAAACAGGUACAGCAUACUGGACACAUACUGGAAACAGCUACAUCAUACUGGACACAUACUAGAAACAGGUACAGCAUACUGGACACGUACUAGAAACAGCUACAUCAUACUGGACACACUGGAAACAGCUACAGCAUACUGGACACAUACUGGAAACAGGUACAGCAUACUGGACACAUACUGGAAACAUGUACAGCAUACUGGACACAUACUGGAAACAGGUACAGCAUACUGGACACAUACUAGAAACAGGUACAGCAUACUGGACACAUACUGGAAACAGGUACAGCAUACUGGACACAUACUAGAAACAGGUACAGCAUAAUGGGAACAGGUACAGCAUACUGGAAGAUGGAUGUGGAUUUUUCUUUUAAAGGCAACUUUGGGGGGAGGGGUUCUCACCAGCUGGGCCUCAUAGACUUGAAUGCACAUUAUCAUGGAAAAGACAAUAUUGAUGUUUGUUCUAUACUCUGUUCUUCCUAUUCAACUUGAUUCCAGGAUGCACGGAGCUGUAGAGCUGUAUACUUGAGAAAGUCAUUGUGAGCGUGCAUUGUCAUCUCUAAAGAGAAACAUGCUUUGCACUUUAAAGCCUUCAUAAAGAUCCUGUUCUGGAGCCUUCAUCUCCAGCUGAAGAUUACAAUGAGUGUGUCUCAUAGAGCCUAGAAUGAUUGUGUCGUGAUAAUCCUCUUCUUAAUGUUACUCUCUCUCUCUCUGCCUGGCGUGAUGACAAGGGCACAAAAUACACGUUUUCUUUUCGGACCACUCAUUUUCUGUAUUGUACUUAGAAAUAAAAUAUUCCCUAACACUUAA